CGCCGUCGUUUCUCCUCACGCCGAGGCCGGAGGCAGGGGGGGCGCAGCCGGCCGCCAUUUCAGGCCGCCCUCCCCUUCCCUUCCCUUCGCGCCGUGCGGCCGCAGCACCGCCCGCUCCGGGGCGGGUUCCCUUGUCCCUCCCUGCCCGGCCCACGGCUGCCGGUCGCUAGGCGAGCCUGGACGCCCUCCCGCCGCCGUUUCCUGCCCUCCCGGUGGCGGCGGGACGCGGCUCCCCGCCGCCCCCCGCCAUGGAGGGCGAUAAGAGAAGAACCAAAGAAGAUACCUGGAAAUCAGAAGAACUUAAGAAACAUCUUAGGGCACCACAACCUGAGGGUCAAAACGAAGACAAAAAGCACAGAGAAAAGAAACUGCAGAAAGAGAAGGCUGUUCAUGACACAGGCACUCAUAAAGAUGAACACAAAGACAGAGGGAAGAGCAAGGAAAGAACAAGAGAGAGAGAGAGAUUUAAAUCUGUUGAAAGAGACAGAGAUAAAAUGAGAGAGAGAGAAAGGGGAAAAGAACACCACAGAGAACGUGACAGAGAGAGACACCAAGAUAAGCUUCGAGAGCGGAGUUUGGAUAAGGAAAGAUACAGUGUACUGAAAGAUAAAGACAGGGAGAGUGAUAGAGAACGUGAUAAAAAGCAUAAAAGACAUGAGAUAAAGCAAACAGACCUGCAAAAUAAUCUGAAACCAUCUGAAACAAGAGAGAAAGAACAUUAUAGAAAAAGAGAAAAAAGCAGACAUCGUUUGGAAGAGGAGAAAACAAGAGAUGAAGAGCAAGAAAGAAGACAUACAGGAAAGAAGGAUAACAAUACCAAAAAGAGCAUUGACAAAUUUUUAGCAAUUGAAGAAGGUGAACGGGGACACAAGUUACAGAAAGAUCAAGAGCUGGAUAAAGAAGAAAAGAGGAGAUACAGGGAAAAACAAGAACAUUCUUUUAGGCCAGGAAAAGAGAGGCUUUCAAAAGAGAGAAGUCAUAAACCUUAUGACAAGGAAGAGGAAGAAAAGCACAAGUCAAAGGGAUUGAAAGAGGGAUCUUCCCAUGGAGACAGACGACAUCCAACAGAAGCUAAUAAAAGAGUAAAAAGUGGAGAAAAUGAAAGAAAGAAGCAUGAUCUUAGGAACAGCGACUACAAAAAAGAGGAGGAGAAUCAACAAGAAGAAAAAAUGAGCCAUCAGCAUGUAAGGACUCCAAAAGAUAAAAGAAAAAACAGUGAAAAAGAGAGAAGGGACACAAGACAAGAGGAAAUUAAAGGUACACACAUCUAUAAUUCAGACACAGGAUUUGAUAACUUUUCAGAAAAUUAUGAAGAUGAUUUUGAAGAUUAUGAAGAUGAUUUUGAUGACGAUGAUGAAGGCAAAAGUGGUGAAGAAGGAGAUGCAAAAGAAAAACUAGGAGAGAUUCCUUUUUCCAAAACAUCAGAAAUUGAAGAAAUUCAAAGAGCAAUUAAUGCCGAAAAUGAUAGAAUUUCUAUUUCACUGCCAAAGAAAAUCAAAAAUGAAAAAGAGGAACCAAUCAUGGAAGGGCAAUAUCCUCCUGCCAGAAACUCGUUUUGUGGAAUAUUCAUGGAUUUUGAAAAGGCAAAUCAGCGACAAAAUAGCAGAAGUGUGGCUAGUAAGCAGAAAAAACGGAUUGCAGAACUUCUCCCACUAAUUGAUCUGGACUUCUCAGUUACCUUUUCAUUAUUGGAUUUACCUCCUGUAAAUGAGUAUGACAUGUAUAUUAGAAAUUAUGGUAAAAUGAACACUAAACAGGCAUAUGUUCAGUGUAAUGAGGACAAUCUUGAGAGAGAUGUUCAGACUGAGGAAGUUGAGACAUUGGAGAAGUGGACACAGCAUCCAGGAGAAAGUGCCCUUGUAUCUGGAGGUCCCAUAAAAAGCCAAGAGAUGUCAGCCAAUGCAGCUCUAACACCUAAAAUUGAUUCACAAAGAUUAGCAAAUUUCCUCCGGUCUGCUGGCCAGGUGAUUGCUGUUUUGCUAGAGGAAGAUCAAGUUGCAACACAGCCCAGGUGGAAACUAAGAUCUCGACAAACCAGUCUGUCUAUUAGUGAUAGCUGUUUCCAGUUAAAUACUAACCAGCCAUUCCUCCAUGACCGGAAAAUAUCCUGCCUACAUGUGUCUAACGUUCAGAGGCAGGCACUACUUUCUGUUCAUGGAUUACCUGAAAAAGCAAGUGUUGCUUUACUGAAAAGAAAGAGCAUCAUAUGUGUUUGGAAUGUCUGGCAGCCGUCCAGCCCUCAGAAAGUUUUAAUAUGUGACUCAGAGGUGUUAUGUUGCUGCUUUAGUCCCAGUAAAACAACAUUAGUUUUUGCUGGAACAAUAGACGGUUCGUUGUUGGUGUGGGAUCUUCGAGAAGACUCAAGAAUGCACCCUCAUAUGCCAUUUGGUGAAACUGACUGGACGUUUAGAGUUCCGACUUUUUCCACUGAUGGUGUUCUAAACUCAGUAAACCACACCUCUCCUAUAGUAGCAGUGGAACCUGUCUCAACCUCUCUCUGCACUGAUCAGAAAUAUGGGCUCUCAAGCUUCUCUUAUCAGGAGGAAAUGUCAGGCCCUCCCUUUCAGAUAGCUUCAAUGGAUGAAAACGGAAUCCUCAAUAUGUGGGUAGUUGUAGAAUUAAAGAAAGUUGAUUUGUCCGGUUCGCAAACUGAUUUAGGUUUAAUUCCUGGAGGAAAAGUGAAGUUAGUACAUAGUUCUACUAUGCAAUUGAAUAGCAGCCUUUUCCCAAAAGAUGUGCGCCUGAGAACACCCCAAACACUGAGUAUUAAAUUUCUGUCUUCUGAUCCUAAUCAUUUCAUUGUUGGAACAAACAUUGGUCUGAUAGGCCAUGGUACAAGACAUGAUUUAAAAGUUCUUCCAAAGUUAUUCAGACCCCAGGAGAGUGGAAUAAGAUCAAUACGUGUCAAUGCAAUUGAUUUCUUCCCUUUUGGAAAGUCACUUUUUUUGGUUGGCUGUUCAGAUGGAAGCAUUAGAUUACACCAAAUGACAUCAGAGUAUCCUCUCAUGCAGUGGAAUGACAGCACAAAUGGCCAGCCAAUUAUUGCCCUGCAGUGGGCUUUAACAAGACCCGCAGUGUUUUUUGUCCUGGAUGCAUCAUCUAAUAUUUACAUUUGGGAUCUCCUGGAAAAUGAUUUGUUGCCUGUGGCAAAGCAAAGCAUUCCGUCAGUGAAAGUUGUAACUAUGGCUCUACUUGGAGAACCAGAAAAAACAAAUGGAUUGUUAGGAGUUGUGCUGGCCAAGGACUCUGGACAGAUAGAUGUUCAAUGUGUAAAGAAGAAAUGGGCGUUACCUCAGCCUGAGGAAUCUGAAAAAUUAAAUUUGAUUUUGUUGCAGUCCUUUUAGAAGCAGGACAUCUGUGUGGAUUUAUUAUUGCAAAAUAUUUAUAUGAUUUUUUUACCGUAAUUAAAAGAUUUGUAGUGUAGUUUUGUAUUUGUAUAUAACUUGUAUAUAUUUUAAAGAAAAUUGGUACAUUGUUUCAGAUGAAAAGAUAUAUUUUAUCUUUAAAAAUGACAGAACCAAAUUUUGCUUAUAGUGCUCAGAAAGUUGAUGAACUGUAUUUCCUUAUUGAAAGAAUUCUAAAUAUGUUUAUUUUCAAAGAACUAUUGAAAAUAUAUUCCUAUAAAUUACAAUACUGUUUUUCAUUGUUCUACUCAGAUGUAAAUAACAGCAAACCUUUGUCUGGUGAGCAUAAAACUGUGCUCCUGUAUAAGCAACAUGACUGUAUUGCAACUUGUAUCUCUGGACCUUUACAACACCAGUGCUUGGUAAAGAUUUCUUAUAUCUACCUUGAAACAUCAUGCAAACAAAUUUCCAUUUCACAAUACAUUACUUCUGAUUUUGUCCUUGGAGCAUUGCAAAAGGAAUACCUGAAAGCUCAAGUUGUCCUGAUAUAUACGGAUCAAACACUGGAAAUAAUCAGCUUGUGACACUUACUGAAAUUCUAAAUCCUUUGUGAUUUCUGAUGUAAAACAGAAAACACCUGUUUAAUGCUGUAAAUCAUUUCAAAGCUCUUGUAGUGAGGCAGUGGAUCGUUGUCUCUAACUUUAUUCUAAGUUUUGAACAUUAUUGAUAAAAUUUGGAACAAAAUUAACCACAGAAAAUACCUUUAACUUUUGUAGCCUAACAACUUCCAAUUUAAAGAUCACGAAGGAAAACAUGGUCAAACAGAGCAGAGAUUUGGGGGAAAAAAAGGACAAUUGGAAAAAAAUGUUCUAAUGCAUGCAGAAUUUAGUGUAUCUAUAUUUAAGCUAUGUACUUUCAACUUCUAAAGUAAAUUGAAAUCAUUUGUAAAUUUUAAUUAAUUCAUAGCAAAGUGUUUUCUAUCUACACUGUUACUUAAAGUGAGCAGACUCAGAGUGGCCACAUGAUGGUGCCAAGUCACUGCAGUAAAGGAAGAGUGCCUUAUAUAAACAGUGUACCUCACUUGGGGAAUUAACUUAUGUUCUUUUGCACCUUCCCCUCUCAGAAGCAGCAGCCACAGUCCAGAGGGCCGGAUGAAGUACUGCUUCAUCAACCCCUAAAAUCUGUUGGAGCAUAUUUUUAAAUGCCUGUAUAUGGUAUGUUUAUAUUGCUUCCUUUCAAAUAUCUUAUUGAAGCAAGUAACCUCAACAGUUGCAGUGUGAAAGGUAUCAUGUUCUCAGUUUUAGGUUAGGUGCUUCUAGGUGGACAGCUCUGUCUUUUUCACUUCUGCAGUAUAUGUGUGGAUUGAGGCACUAGAAUAACUUCAGUAAUUCAGGUAGAGGACAAAUGGCUGGUACUUUUUGUAGUAAGGUAGCGGAGCAUGACUACUAGGACCCAUAGAAAAAAGAAGAAGAAGAAGAAAAAGACCACAAAUCUCUCUCCCUCUCUCAUUCACAUGCACAGAACCACCACCCUUCUCCUACCCACCCAAUUUAAGUUCAAAAUAAAGUGUUGAAAUUAUACCGGU